AUGGCAGAUCGUUCUAUAAAGUAUCCCUUGGGUAUUUUGGAGGAUGUUCCUGUCCGGGUGGGGAAAUUCUACAUUCCUGUUGACUUUGUGGUACUAGAUAUGGAGGAGGAUAGUCAAAUCCCCAUAAUUUUGGGUAGGCCAUUCUUAUGUACUGCAGGUGCUGUUAUUGAUGCCAAGUCUGGGUCUCUUACUUUGAGUGUUGGUGAUGAUACUGUUACUUUUAAUCUAACCAAUGCUGUGAAGUCUCCUAUGCUUGAGAAUACUUGUUGCAGGAUUGAUAUUGUAGAAGAGAUUUCUCUAGACAACAUCCCUAGAAUGUUGUAUGAUGAUCUAUUGCUGGCGACUCUCACCUUGAAGGCCAAGAAAGGAGAAGGGGAUUGUGAGAUUGAUUCCUUGAUCUCGGAUCUAGAUGGAAGUGAAGCUGAGAAGGUUGACAGUUUUGAGGUAUUGGAAACUGUUUGCUCUAUUUCCGAGCCACAGGUAACGAAGGUAGAACUAAAACCAUUACCAUCUCACCUUAAAUAUGCAUUUCUUGAUGAUAAUGAGGAUUUUCCUGUGAUCGUUAAUGCUGCACUCGACGAUAGCCAGCUUUCCAAGCUUCUGACUGUGCUCCGUAUGCACAAAAAGGCAAUCGAGUAUAGCAUUGACGAUCUCAAGGGCAUUAGUCCUGACUUUUGUUGGCGUAUGUGUAUAGAUUAUAGAAUGUUGAAUACGACCACCUUGAAGGAUCACUUUCCCCUCCCCUUUAUUGACCAGAUGCUAGAAAGAUUAGCAAAACACAACUUUUUCUGUUAUUUGGAUGGAUAUUCAGGUUUCUUUCAGAUUCUCAUUCACCCAGACGACCAGGAGAAGACGACGUUCACUUGUCCUUAUGGAACUUUUGCAUACCGCAGAAUGUCGUUUGGUUUGUGCAACUCCCCUGCUACAUUUCAAAGGUGUAUGAUAGCCAUUUUUUCUGACUUCAUCGAGGACAUCAUGGAGGUAUUUAUGGAUGAUUUUAGUGUUUAUGGUUCUGACUUUGAUGUGUGUUUGCAUAAUCUUUCUAAAGUGCUUAAACGUUGUUCUGAAGUGAAUUUGGUAUUGAACUGGGAAAAAUGCUACUUUAUGGUCAAUGAAGGAGUGGUACUUGGUCAUCUUAUUUCUGAUCGUGGCAUCCAAGUUGACCGAGAAAAAAUUGAGGUGAUUGAGAAACUUCCCCCUCCCGUGAAUGUCAAGGGAGUGUGGGACCCGAUUCUCGACUGUCCUAGAUUACGGUCAGAAUCCCACAUAAGCCAACUGUUGGGCUUGUAA